ACAAAGAAUUUCAAACAUUUUCAAGGGUGUCAACAGUAAAACGAGAUGCACUAGUUCUUCGAUCUUCGUCUUCGUCUUCUUCGAAUCUCAUCGGAAGAGUCUCUAAUGGCGAGGGCCAUGCGCCAAACCGGGGAUCGACCAGGGAGGAGGUCGCCACCCUACUCUCUAGUCCUGAUGGUGCUGCUCAUGCUCUCCGCCGCUCUUCUCGUGCUCCUCGCCGUCGGCGUCGUCUCUCUCCCCUUCAGGAAUGGUAUCGGGCGAGGAGAGAAUUGGUGGACGAGGAUGCUUUCUUGGAAGCCAAGGGGCUUUAUCUAUCAGAAUUCCUUGCACCACACUAUUUCAAUGUCCUGGUUGUCAAUUACCACAACUAUGGUGAUCACUCUGUGGGUAAUCUCACUACUCCGAGUCCUAUUGGCCUCCUCUCCAUGCAUUCCCUCAAGUCCUGCUUUCCUUUCUGCUGGAUCAAGUGCUACCAAGAAGAGAAGGAAUGCCUUGCUAGUAGUGGCCCAUCCUGACGAUGAGUCCAUGUUCUUUGCUCCCACAUUACUCUAUUUGGCUUCUGAAGGGCAUAAUGUUCAUGUUCUAUGCCUGUCUACAGGUAAUGCUGAUGGCAAGGGGAAUAUUCGGAAGGAGGAGUUUUACAGGGCAUGUGCUAUCCUCAAGGUUCCCCUCCAACAAGUUCAAAUUCUGGACCAUCCAAAGUUGCACGAUGGCUUUGAUAAACCAUGGGACAUUCAAUUAUUGGCAAAAAUUGUGAAGGAGGAAAUCAGAAUGCGAGCUAUUGACCUGGUGAUAACAUUUGACAACUAUGGAGUUUCUGGUCAUCCAAAUCACCGAGAUGUUCAUCGUGGCAUAUGUGUGUUCCUCUGUGACAAUUCAGGAAGCAAUGUUGAAGCAUGGGAACUGGCAAGCACAAGUAUUUUUCGCAAGUAUACUGGACCUGUAGACAUCUGGCUAUCAAUUUUUUUCUCACACUCUUACCCAGGCAGCCGGAUCUAUUGCUUGCUAAAUAAGUGUCCAAGCAGAAGCUAUCUUGCAAUGGCGGAACAUAGCAGCCAAUGGGUGUGUGAGCUUUUCGUUGGCAGGAUGAACUCUAUUACAAAAUUCGAUGUGGAAAGGUUCGAUGGAACUGGGAAUUUUGGAUUGUGAUAGCAGAGGAUAAAGGAUUUGCUAGCACGGCGGGGGAUGUUGAGAGCAUUGGAAGAGACGAAACCUCAAGGUUUGGAAGUCCAUGUUUAAGUGGAUUUACAAACAAGAGCAGUGUCACUUAUUUGGUUGUGUUUGGCGGAUGACGUUAUGUAUCACGUCAUGGAUCUCUAGUCUUCGAUGGAGGUCUAGAGGAAACUGGAUAGUUGAUAUAUAAGUCUUUAACAAAUAAGGUAUAUCUGAAGCAAAAGUUGUACGGCCUGAAAAUGCAGGAUGGUGCAAAUCUGGUACGACAUAUCAAUUUCUUCAAUCACGCAGUGCUGAUAAUGGAGAUUGGGAUUGAAGAUGAAGACAAAGCUAUGAUUUUGUUGUGUUCUAGUGACUACACUCACAUGAGAUACAACCAAAGUAAAUAAGAUCGCUACUCCGUUGUUGGCCCACAAUUAGCAGAAGCAGAUGGUGAAGGUUCUUCGACUGAAGCGCUGUAUGUGAAAGGAAUUAGGAAAGUGGGAGAAGGCAUGGAAAGAUGGUUUUAGCAAAAUCAAUUCUAGAGUUAGAAAAUCUAUGCAAUGUUAUAAGUGUCAACAGAUGGGGUACAUUAGAAUGGAUUGUUCAAAUAAGAAGCUGCAGAUUAUUGAAAGGAACGGCGAUUUAUCAAAGUUUGCUAAUGUUGUCCAUAAUGAUGAUUUAGACUAUAGAGAUGGGGAUUGGCUUUCAGUUUCAUCACGUCAAACGUCAUAUUCAUGGAUUUUGGAUACAAUAUAUUCGUUUCACAUGACAUCUAACAAGGACUAGUUUUAUUUAUACUAUUGAGUGAUUUUGGUUUUGUCUACAUGGACAAUGAUAAAGCGUGUGCUAUUGCUGGAAAGGGGGCAAAUCAAGAUUCGAAUGCAUAAUGGUAUUGUUUGAAUUUUGUUUGAUGUUAGAAAUGUUCAAGAAUUAAAGAAUCUGAUUUCUCUGGGUACUUUGCAUUCAAACGGUUUUAGCUAUAAAACCGAAAAUGAUUGUAUUAGAAUAAGGAUGGUUUCAUAAGUAUUGAAAGGGGAAAGGAGUGCAGGAAAUAUCUACAUGUUGCUAGGAAAUACAGCUAUAGGUGGAGUUGUAGUUGUAGAAUUGAAUCAAGGUUGUCACUACAAAGAAAUUCAAGCAUUGUUUGGACUUGAUCAAUGUCUCUAAAUGUUAAGGAGUCAUGGUACACAACUUGUCUAAAUGAUGAGGACCUCCCUGGUUUAUCUUUAUGGGGAUUUGUAUCUGGUUAGGAUUAGAUUUUUAGUAACCCUGUAAAUUGUAUCUGUAUAUGUUUACGAUCCACAUAGGGUUAGGAUCCGGAUAGGAUUUGUAUUCGAAUAGACAUAGGUCUUUUGAGAUUUUGAGAGAUCACAAAUAAGAAAAAUACAGCCGCUCCACUCUCGACGACGUAGGCACAUUGCUGAACCUCGUAAAUCUUGUGUGUUUGCGUUGUCUUUUUGCUCUCUUGAUUUUCCUUGCGGGCUCUUUAUUUUUGUAACACUAUUUAUAGCUCCUAUCAUUGUGGUAUUAGAGACCAAGAUCCAAAAUGGUUUCAUUCGCCCAUUUUUUUCCAUUAAUGCAUCGUCACAACCACCACCACUCUCCUUACUCAUCUAACCAACCCUUCUAGCGAGGCAAUUCUCUAACAAUCAUCCCUUCUCACAUCUCGUUUGGAAGCCAUGGAUGCCACCAUGAAGGCCCUAACCAGUGGCACUUAAAUUGAUGUUGAACAAGCGUUUGCCAAGGGAAAGGUUGCCGAACACAACAGAGGUCCUCGAGAUAAUGGCAAAUCAUCUCGGGAAGAAGAAUCUGAAGAUGAGGUGGACUCACGUUGGUGGUUAAAAAACCUUUCCCGUCGGCCAUAUACCAAGAUAGAAUUCUCACGAUUUGAAGGAGAUCCAUGUGGCUGGAUUUUAAAGGUGGAAAUUUUUUUUAAGCAUAAUCAAACUCAUGAUGACAUGAUGGUGGAUAUCUCCGCUAUGUAUUUAGAAGGUGAUGCACUUGAUCUCUUUGCAUGGAUCAAUAGUGAAUGCACUCUAUUGUAUUGGAAGGAAUUUGGUGAAGCCCUUCAAGAGAAUUACAGUCCAACUGAGUUCCAGAACCGAGAUGAACAUCUUUGCAGUAUCCAUCAACUAGGCACGGUGUAACAGUAUUGUCAAGAGUUCAUCAAACGGUUUGCCUAUGUGAAAAAUGGCUUGAGUCGGGGUGUUUCUUAAUGGGUUAAAGAGGAACUUAAGGCGGAUGUAGAGAUUUACAUACCCAAAUAUAUGUAUAAGCCAUGAGCAUUGCCUUGGAAUUCGAGCACAAAGUGGGCUUCAAUUGUGGGCCUAAAGGAUCCCAAUGGCUUCAUUCGUUAAGAUCCAACUCGGCUCCUAAUUUCUUACAUGAAGUUUCUCCGAAUCCAAUAAAAAAUCAACCCACAUUACGGACCACAAAUUCUACACAAACACUUCCUCGCCAUUUUUCCAACUGGUGCAGGGGAUGUUGAGAGGCAAAAUUGCAUUACAAAAAGCCUUUGUUUCAGGUACAAUAAGAAGUUUGCACCGGGUUAUCAUUGCAAGACGGCGUCACUCACACUCCUAGAACUUGCCAACGGUAAUGAACCAGUUGAAGACGUACGAAGCGACAAUGGCAACAUGGAACCAAUUACCCCUGGCCUGGUCGAGAUCUCUUUCCAUGCUAUUUUGGGUAAGAGUUCUGGCUCCAUGAUGAAGCUUCAAGGGCUCUGAGAGGACGCUUGGUUUUGAUUUUGGUUAAUAGUGGAUCAAUCCACAACUUUGCCUGAAAAGAUUGUGGAGGAAACGCAACUACCCGUUCAACUUGUUUUCUCGUUCAGUGUCCAAAUCGACAAUGGUGAAAUCAUUUGAUGCAACUGCCUUUGCCAAAACCUUGUUCAAUUGCAAGGCCUUACCGUCACUCAAAAUUAUAACCCUUUUUUUUUAUGUCUGGAGUAGAUUUGGGUGGUUGGAAUUAAGUGGCUUACUUUGUUAUAUACUCUGUAAGCAAACUGGAAUUAGAUGUUCUUAAUUUUCAAUAUUAAUGGGAAGUGAUAUAAGCUCUAACGAGUGCCACAGAAGUCAAAAGCGGAGGCAACCUUCUAGUAUCUUUUUAAAAAGGUUGAAUUUCUAGGUACUCUUUGUCCUGUUGAAAUUCACAGACUACUUCAAUGUUUUGCAACAAUUUUUGCAGAACCAGGCAUCCUGCCACUUAUCACCAACACACUCAUUUCAUUCCUUUACUUUCCAAUUCAAAACCACCGAAAUCUGAAAUUGAGAAGCAAGUGUCUGAAAUUACGUAAAUCAGGUUUUAUAAAGCCAAGCAUUAGUCCUUUUGCCAAUCUUGUUUUCCUCAUUAAAAAGAAAGACAACACCUGGUGUAUGUGCAUCGAUUAUAGAAGCCUAAACCAAAUCGCCGUUCUAGACAAAUGCCCUAUUGCAAUCAAUAGGCUUUUUGAUGAAUCACAAUUCCAAAAUUGAUUUAUGUUUCGUUUAUCACCAAAUACGUGUUUGCAGACAUCUACAAAACUUCUUUCUGCACUCACUUAGUGCAUUAUAAAUUCACUGUAAUACCCUUAGGCCUCACUAAUGCCCUAUCCACCUUCCAAUCAACGAUGAAUGACCUAUUCUGACCAUACUUAAGGAAAUUUAUCCUUGUAUUCUUUGAUAAUAUCUUGGCAUAUAGUCUAUCUUUCGAGCAAUAAUCAUUUGCAGCUUACUCUUCAGCUUCUCCAAAAUCAUCAUUACUAUGCUAUGGCGCCUAAAUGUUCAUUUGGCCAGACCAAAAUCGCUUUUGGGACAUGUGAUUUCAGCAGAAGGUCUUGGUGUUGAUCAAGAUAGGAUUUCGACAGUUUUGGGGUGGCUAGUACUGACUAAUGUUAAGGGGCUAUGAGGUUUUUAAGGAUUAACAAGCUAUUACCGCAAGUUUGUUAGGAGUUAUGGAAUGACGGCUCGACCACUUACUGAUCUUACAAAGAACACUUUUCACUAGUCUCCUAUGGCAAAGAAGGCCUUUUAACAGUUCAAGCAAGCUUUAACCACAAUAUUGGUCCUUCAAUUACCUGAUUUCACUUAACCAUUCACAGUAGAGUGUGACUAGUCCUCAGAAAGAAUUGGAGCUAUCCUUCUGCAAGCUGAGCAUCCAAUCACUUAUUUCAACAAAGGGUUUUCUUUUUUCAACCGAUUUAAAUCUAUUUAUGGUAAGGAAUCACUUGUUCUCGUUUUAGCUUUGUAAAAGUGGAAACACUUUCUUUUGGGUUACCAUUUCUUGGUCCGAAUAGAUCAUUGUAGUCUUAAAAAUCUCCUUAGCCAUCUAAUUACCACCAAUGAAAAGACAAUUUGGGUGUUGAUUUGCUUUUGAGACGUCUGUAGCAUCUUGAAUUUUGGCUCUUGCUCUUCCUGUCCUAUCAGAUUUUUCCAAUUGGAGUGAAACUCUCCAAUCAUUUUCUUUUACUCGUGAAAUUAUGGAGGUUGUCUGGCAAAUUCCUUCUUAACCAGAUUUUCAGAUUGCAGUUCCCAAGCUGUAUUUUAAAGAAAGGUUAGUUAUUCCAGUUGAGUCUUCUCUUUGCCAAGGGCUUCUCUCAAAAUCUCAUGACACCUAUUAUAGGGCAUGGGGGAUAUUUGAAGACCUUGAAGCGUUUUUCCUCCAUUUUUUUUUUGGCCACGAAUUAAGCCAAAUGUCAAAACAUUGCUUGGUUUGUCAACAAGCUAAAUAUUAAGCUUUAGUACUUGCUGGUCUUUUACAACCAUUACCUGUACCAGAAAGAAUAUGGAAGGAUGUGUCGUUGGAUUUCAUUGCAGGACUUCCUAAGUCUGGAGGCUAUGAUACUAUUUCGGUGGUUGUGGACCACCUUAGCAAAUAUUCUCAUUUUAUCUCACUUUCUCACCUUUAUAUUGCCAAGUCAAUUGCUAAUAUUUUUUGCAAAUAAAUUGUCUAUCUGCAUGGCAGAAGCUUUUUAGACUCAACAAUUUCAAACUAAGGAUGAGCACUUCAUGUCAUUCACAGUCUGAUGGGUAAAUGGAGGUUGUCAAUAGGUGCUUGGAAACUUAUUUGAGGUGUUUUGCUCAAGAGCAACCACGUUCUUAGAGUCAAUUUUUACCAUGGGUAGAAUUUUCCUUUAAUACGGGAGUCCACACUUAAUCGGUACAAUUCCAUUUAAGUUGGUUCUUGGAGGUGACCCUAUUACCGUUUCUCCUUUUGUUCUGGGUGAAACACCCAUUAUUGAGCUUGAGGAACAACUUUUAGCACGUGACGCCAUGCUUAAGAUCCACAAGGAGACUUUUUUGAAAGCUCAAACUCGUGUGAAGCGGCAAGCUGAUGCUUAUUAGAGAAAUCUUACUUUUCAGGCUAGGGUUACUUGUUUCUGCGUUUGCAACCCUUAUCGGUAACGCUGUUUAGCUCAUCGCAGGUACGAAAAGUUAUCCCCUCGUUUCUUGGACCAUGCAAGAUUGUUCAGCGCGUUGGACCUAUGUAAUUAGAGCUUCCUGAAUCUUUUAAAGUCCAUCCAAUAUUCCUUGUCUUUUUGCUUCAACUAGCUCAUGGACAACAAGCUGCAACUCCUUCCACGCCAUUUCCAAUCAACAAUGAUUAUGAUCUUACCUUAUCUCCAGAAAAGAUUAUGUCUCAUCGAUGGGUUUGACAAGCCGGUGCCUAUUCUUUGGAAUUACUUGUUCAAUGGGUUGGCUCAGCUCGAAAUAGUAAACUAGGAGAGUUAUGAUCUUAUGGCCAAACAAUUUUCUUCUUUUCGCCUUGAGGACAAGGCAACCUUUCAGGUGGAUCUAUGAAGCACAGACACAUCAUUUUCCCUGGUGUACCGGUGUCAUGCCGGCAUCGGACACGGAUACGUCAUCGACACGGCCGGAUAUGGUGUCAGACGCCCUUUAACAUGGUAAAAUACUGUUAAAUGGAAUGGAGAACUCUUGACAUUGCCCGCACACUACUGAACUAGGAUUUUGUUGGAAAACUCUUGACAUCCUUCGCAGAGCUUCACCUCCCAGCGGACAAAGGUGGAGAAUGCCCGAAGUAUCUGAUUCCUGACCUCCCCCUUGCCGUCAAAGCUCGUAUUGCCUUCAUCACCAUCUCCUUAGUUGGAAAAGCAGAGAAAGAUAGGGGCGUUGUCUUUCCGGUGUGAGACUUGUGGAAGGACAAAAAAUGAAGAGGGGGGGUGAUGAGAUUUGGAGAGAAAGAAGUUGCAAAUGAUGGAGGUUGCACUGAGGAUUGGAAGGAGGCGGCUGCAGGUGAGGCUUGAUUUUAGAUUUAGGGUUUGGAAGGAGGGAGCUGCUUAGAUUUAGGGUUUUAAGUUUUUCAUCUUGAUAAAUCUGAACCAUUGAUUGCUAUCCUAUAAAUUAGAUGGAUAAAGCCAGGUCAUUGAGUUUUCAAAUUUAUAGUGCAUGUAUUUUUUGUUUUAAUAGGUCUGUAUCAUGAGCCAUGGCAUCUUAACACGUGUCAAAUAUAUCUUU